GUAGGAGGUAAGAGAGUUGAAAGAAUAUGGACAACUAUGAUAGGUGUCGUUAGAGAUGGAGAAGAGAAGAAGAUUAAGCACAUGAUGGCUUUUAUUGAACAAGAAGCCAAUGAGAAGGCAGAAGAAAUAGAUGCGAAGGCAGAAGAGGAGUUCAACAUUGAGAAAGGCCGCCUUGUGCAGACCCAGAGGCUGAAGAUUAUGGAGUACUACGAGAAGAAGGAGAAGCAGAUUGAGCAGCAGAAGAAAAUUCAGAUGUCCAACUUGAUGAAUCAGGCGAGACUCAAAGUCCUCAGAGCGCGAGAUGACCUUAUCACAGACCUACUAAAUGAAGCAAAACAGAGACUCAGCAACGUGGUAAAAGAUACAACCAGGUACCAAGUGCUGCUGGAUGGACUAGUCCUCCAGGGUUUGUACCAGUUGUUGGAGCCCCGAAUGAUCGUUCGUUGCAGGAAACAGGAUUUCCCUCUGGUCAAGGCUGCAGUGCAAAAAGCAAUCCCUAUGUACAGAAUCGCCACCAAAAGAGACGCUGACGUCCAGAUUGACCAGGAAGCCUACCUGCCUGAGGAAAUCGCUGGUGGCGUUGAGAUCUGUAACGGGGAUCGCAAAAUCAAGGUUUCCAACACCCUUGAGAGCCGGCUGGACCUCAUAGCCCAGCAGAUGAUGCCAGAGGUGCGGGGAGCCUUGUUUGGUCCAAACGUCAACAGGAAGUUCUUGGACUGAGCCCGCCGAGGUGGCGUUCGUCCACUGCCCGCUCUGCCGUGCGAGGCUUCCUCUCUGCUCCUGUACUGUCCUGUCCACCGAUGCCCCCUGUGGCCGAUGCCCGGCUCGUGUCACGUGGGCGAGCUUCACUUCUGUACCCGGAGCCCUUCCUCUAGCACAUCUGAAAGUAAUGACCCCCCCUCCCCCGCUGGUCCCGCAGCAUGAGGGCGGGGGCUCAGCUGUGGCGCCAGUUCACCCCCGAGUCCUCCGCUCACUCUGCUGCGGCGUCCAGCCUCAAGGGCGGCGGUGCGGGGGCCCUGGCGCUACAUCUCUGCUCCUCGUGCUUCACGUGCAUGUGGGGCCGCGCCCCUCCCAGCGCAGCAGCUUCUCUGUCACCUGUUCAUCUGUAGAUGUGAGUUAAAGUCAAGCCAUGGAUAUGCUUCAUUAUUUAUUAAACAAAAUGUACGUGGG